AUGGGAUUCACGGAGGAUUUUCUGCCAGUUUUUGUUUCGCUUUUUCAAAUUUUACAAGCGAUCAUUUUAUGGCCCUUUCCGAAGUCGAAGAAAGAUCUGAAUGGAGAAAUCGUUUGCAUCACCGGCGCUGGGAGCGGAAUCGGAGCUCUCAUGGCCAAGAAACUCGCCGACAUGGGAUGUGUCAUCGUCGCUUGGGAUGUCAAUGUGAAGGGAAACGAAGCUACUGUCGAAGAAAUCAGAAAAAAUGGCGGCGAAGCGUAUGGUUUCAAAUGCGACGUGACCAACCGCGCUGAAGUCUACGAAGUCGCCAAGAAAUCUGCGAAACUCGCCGGCGAUAUUACGAUGUUGAUCAACAACGCUGGCAUCGUUGGUGGAAAAACGUUCAUGGAGUCGGAUGACGCGGUGAUUCAGAAGACUUUUGAAGUCAACGCGAUUUCGCACUUUUGGACGACGAAGGCGUUUUUGCCAAAAAUGGUGGAAAAUAAUCAUGGACAUGUCAUUUCGAUCGCCUCCUCUGCUGGUUACUUCGCCGUUCCAAAGCUCGCUGAUUAUUGCGCAAGUAAAGCCGCCGCCGCCCACUUUGCCGACUCGCUGUCGAUGGAGCUGUACAAGGCAAAUAGCGCGGUCAAGGUCUCCUGGGUCUGCCCCUACGCGAUUUCGACGGGAAUGUUUGAAGGCUUCUUUGCCAAGCGACCGUGGUUGGUGGAUAUUCUUACGCCGGAAUCAGUCGUCGACAGUGUUAUUCACGGAAUUCAGACGAAUGCGGACAGAAUUUUCUUGCCAAAGAUUCUUGAUAUUCUAGCGGUUCUUCAAGAGAUGCUUCCGAGAAACGCUGGUUUGACAUUCUUGUCCUGGGGAGGAGUUCUUGAUGCAAUGAAUGAUUUCGUUGGACGAAGCAAGCAAAAAUGA